AUGGCACUAUCUCAGCACCAACCAUCCUCAAAGUCGUCUAAAAGACCUAGGGAUUAUAUGGCAACUCUUUUAGAUGAUAUUAUUAAGCUUUUCUUGUCAUUCAUUAUAAUAUGGAUUAUAUUUGAAAAAGGUAAAUUGUCCGUUUGCAAAAAAGUUAUCUCUGAGAUAGCCAAAGUGCCUAAUAACUUCAUAAAGCUUUCUGUACCUGCAUUUUUAUACGUUGUUCAAGAUAACUUAACGUUUAUCGCCUUAGAGAACAUGGACGGCGCUCAAUUUCAAACUUUGUUUCAGUUAAAACUAGUACUUACUUCCAUUCUAAGCGUUUUGGUCCUUCAUAAAACAAUAACGCCCAUCCAGUGGUUUUCGCAAUGUUUACUCAUUUUAGGAGUUGCUAUGAUAACUUGGAGUGGGCCCCCAAAGAAAACAGCUGGUGAAAGGGAUAAUUUAAAAGUUGGUGUAGCAGCCGUCCUGGGUUCUUGUGUAACAUCAUCCAUUGCAGGAGUUUAUUAUGAAUAUUUUUUUAAGACAGAGGACCCAGGCAACGGAGACGACCUCGUUUUAAAAGAAGAUUUAAUGGUAACUUCUGACGACAACGGUUGUAGUAAUUUAGAAAAUAACUGGCAAAAAGUUGUUUCUAAAAAUAUGUGGAUUUCUGAGCUGGAGUUAGCGUUGUGGUCUAUACCUUUUGGCCUAAUUGCGUUGCUAGUAAAAGACGGAACUGCAGCAAGUCAGGUUGGUAUUUUUUAUGGAUUUACUUAUGUCGCCUGGGGUGUAGUUUGUGUAACAGCUGUAGGAGGAAUCUUAUCUCUUAUUGUUGUCGUAAAAUUGGAUAACAUAAUGAAAAAUGUGGCGUAUAGCUUAUCUUUUAUUCCAGUUACUAUUUUGUCUAUUAUUAUGUUCGACACACGCCUUAAAAGUGUAUAUCGCAAUAAAGGGCCUCCAUCAAACGCAAACGGGGAGAAUAUACUAGGAAAUGACUCCUCUCAAGUGUAUCCCGAAAAAGCCGACUAA